CCAAACCAGUCCAACUCUUUUCAGUUCCACAACCCUCCAAAGACCCUAACCCCCACCCCCUUCUCCUACGUGUACCCUCAAACCCCCUGCAUGCGCUCCAUCUGCUCUCCAUCCAGACCCCACCCCUCCCUACAAAUACCCCCCACAAACCCCUCUCCUCUCUUCACCCAUCGUCUGUACAAUUAACAAUGAAGCCCAUCACAAUAACCCUCUUCCUCCUCCUCGCCCUCGCCGCAUCCGCCGCAGCCUUUACAUCCGAAGAGGAUGCUUCGGAGAGCACGUGCACGAGGGAGAUGCGUCGGCACCCCCUUGACAAGUACUGCCGCUCCUUUGUGAAGCAGGGCCGACGCGGCGGGAGCCAAGGCGAGAUAAUGAUGGUCGACGACGAGGACGAUGACGACGGCGAGGGGGCUCCGGAGGAGUGCUGCAAUCAGCUGAGGAGGGUGAAGGAGGAGUGCAGGUGCCCUGCCGUUAGACGCAUGACGCGGGAGAUAAUGCAGCAAGAAGGGAAAGGGUCGGUGGAGGAGUGCCGAGGAGGCCGGUGCGGGGAGAUGAUGAUGAGGGGGAUGUUCCUGCCGGCCAUCUGUGGGAUGGAGCCUCGUACCUGCAGGAUGAGGCAGAGGACUAUUUAGAUGAGGUACUUUAGCCCGCUGUAAAAUCAAGAAGAGGAGAAGCUACUAACGUGUGAGCACAUCAUCGUGUGUGACUGCGUGUAGCUGAUGUUUGUAA